GGGUUUCUGCAGCGCAUAUAGAGUAUACACGCGAUCGCGAAGCAAAGUUACAAACAUGCAGCUUAGCUACUGAGGCAAGACUUCCGGGAUUAUUUUCAGAAAAUCUUUCAUAUUUUCUGUUUUCUCUGGGAUUUUAGAAGGAUAUUCAGUCGCAAUGGGCAAGGAGAACGACUUGUUGGAAGCUGCAAGAACUGGUAACGUUGUCACGAUUGGAAAAUUAUUGUCUGGAGGACGUGGAAAAGGUGUCAUUUCGGCCGCUUUGAAUUUGAGUUUCCGAAGAGCUCUGGGCCCGAACUGUCAGGACACUUCAGGAUACACCCCCCUUCACCAUGCUGUACUUAAUGGCCACAGAGAUGCCGUCCAAAUGCUGCUCAAGUUUGAAGCCUCACCGACAGUGCCUGAUAACCGAGGAAGCAACCCCCUUCAUCUAGCCGCCUGGACCGGUAACCAGGAGAUCGUUCAGACCCUUCUCACCGUUGGCGUCAGCAAAGACCAAGUCAAUGAACAGAACAAUUACUGGGACACGCCUCUUCACUUUGCUGCUCAGUACGGGCACACGGAUGUGGUCUCGCUAUUACUAGAGCAUGGAGCUGACCCCACAUUAUGCAAUCGUAAAGAGGAGGGUCCCCUGGACCUCGCUGCCCAGUACGGGCGCCAGGACACUGUCCAGUUACUGGUCAGACUCCGGCCGGACCUACUGGCCAAGAUCCCUGACUCCCGGUCACUUCUUCACCUUGCUGCCAAGAACGGUCAUCAUCGCAUCGUCAAGCUUUUACUGGAAGCUGGCUGUGAUAUAUACAAGACGACUAAAACAGGGACUGCGCUGCACGAGGCAGCAGUAUUUGGGAAGAUUGAUGUCGUGAGGGUGCUCCUAGAAGCAAGACCGGCCAUCGACGUGGAGAUCGAGGAUGGUCACAGCGAAACGGCUCUUCAGAAGAUCGAAUCUCAUUCGUCGAAAGUCUCUCAAGAAAUCUCAAAAAUGAUCAUGGCUCACAUACGAGGGGAGCCCUUACCCAAGCCCACAGAAUCCCCCUCCACCACACCACUCACCGACGGAUCAGACACCGAUCAAAACAGCGCCCUCGCCUACAGCUACGUAUCCAACCCUUCCGUCCGUCCAAACCACGGUCCCGUCGCUCCAGGUUUCGAGGUCAUCGACCACGACCACUCCAACAUCUACGACAACGUCCCAGAGGACCGGUCAGCGCUGUACGCCCGGCACUACCAAACGCACGCCGAGCUGCGGAAUGAGCUGCGGAGCUCGUCGCCGGAGGGCGUGUUGAGGCGAGGCGUGUCCAAACGAGGCACGUCCAAACUCAGUCGGGCAUCGCCGCCGGACCAGGAUCUGUACAUGAACGUUGAGAAGCUCAACCAGCAGGUGGCGCGACUAAUGCCUCCCAAGAAGCCUCAGAGGAACUCAAUAGGGAUCUUGUUGGACCAGGCUGUCAAUGGGAACAGUCCUCAGAUGGAGAGGAAACAGGACCAGCCAGUAUCCUCUAGUCCCAUGCACUUAGAUGUGAGGGGGCCACAUCCUAGGCAGUCUAACACAUUAUCAAGCCAAGAUUCUGACUGUCCUCCGCCGUUACCGGACAGGAACUACUAUGACCUUGAGCAAGCGGGAGAAUACACACAACUCAGAAUGGAUGCCUUACCACCCAAGCAACAACCGCAACCCCAGCAACAAGCACCACACCACACACAUGACCAUCCACACCCGCCACAGCAUCCACCACCCAAGCAACAGAUGAUGAGAGAUCAGGAUUACAGUACUGUGUCACCUCUUCAAGAUUAUGACAUCAUGAACGAGGGUGUGAGUAACACGUCAACAGAAGCGAGUGACGACACCCAUGGUAGUCUGUACGAGACCCUGUCCAACGCUAAGAGUGGGGCAGCCACGCCCGACGUGCCCUACCCGCCCUAUGAGAUAGGAUCCAAGCCGCCCCACCCCCAAGUACAACUACACAUACAUGAAGCAGAUGACAAUAAUGAUCUGAACAGCACCGGCGAUGGCGACGACCAACUCGACGAUGAUGAGGAGGAGGAUAUGGAUGCCUAUGAGUUCUUGUCUAAUGCUGUUACGGGGAACGGUCGACCCAAACCCAAACCUAGGAUUACUCCAACCAGCUCUUCCUCGUCCUCUGUGCCUUCCAACGAUAGUGCCUUACUUUCACACAGCAAACCUAAACCUCUCCCGCGGCGUAACAAGCCCGUCCCUGCCAAACGUUCCCCUGGGUCCAUCAGCUCCCAGCCUAGUACCCCUUCAGAGGAGCUGACCUCCUCCUCUGACCAGUGGGGAGGUGCCUCCUCUGACCGGCCUAACACCCCUGACCAGCCCCCUCCGUCACCUAACACCGCUAUGAUGGGUAUCAGAGCCAAACUGGGAGCAUCAGAGGUUGGCUACUCAGACUAUGACAACCCAGUUGAAUUGACACCUUGUGCCUACACCAACGGAAAACAGAAACCCAACACCAACGUCUUCUUCCCCGCUGAAGCUCAAAGAACGCAAGGUCUAGCGCCCUCUGUAGUCCGAGACUCAAGCGACCCGUCCACCGGUACUAAACCCCUUUCUGGAGGGCAGCUCCGGAAGCUAGAACUUGAUCUUGCCAACCGUUCACGGAAGUUUCAUGAGUUUGAGGCCGCUGCGGAUCACCUUCAGACGAGGUUGGAGAAGUGGCAGGCUCACGUCGAAGAGUCGCACCUGAACCGCGUCAACGAACAAGAUAUCCAGGGCCACGACCAUGGGGAUAUCUACGAGAAUGUGUAUCACCGCAGCGACAAUACGCGCUUCAGCUACGAUGAGCCGAAGAGACUCUACGACAACCCGACGGUACUAAACGGUAACCAUCAACGAGUUCUUACAAGACAGAACAGUAGUCCGGCCGGCAGUCCGUCUCAGACGCGACGAUCCAUCUCACCCCGGAAGCCCAAGAGAGCUCUAACCACGCAACUCAGCCUCAAUAUUUCCCCGCCGGGCUACGACAACCCGUCGACGUGCUUUCCAAGUUCGGAAACCUCGCAAAGAACGCAUCCGCAUCAAGACGAUGAGGAAGAUCGUGAUUCACCAACAGGUUACGAUAAUCCCCCGGAAUUAACGCGGGAACAGUCGGUUUACGAGAGCGCACCGCCGAGGAAUAGUGAGAGCAACGUAAGACAGAAUGCGUGCGAGCCGCCUAUCAUACCAGAAGUAAUACGUCCUGACGAUCACCUGCCAUUGGAUAAUAAGUUCAUAGAAGGCAACAGCGAAUUGGACAUUCUUAAACCGGAUGCCUCACACCCAUUCGCAGGAUCAAUAAGAAGCCAAUUCUCAGGUUUGAUUUACGGUUCAAACCGCGGUAGCCGUACUUUCUCUCUGUCGCAGCAGGACCGAUUCUCGCGCCUCCGUCCGGGCGUUGAUCGCUCUGGUGCCCUCGCCGGCAGGAUGUCUGUCAUGAACGGGACAUUGAGCGAUGGACUGGGGAAGGCAAAGGGAGAGGAGCCGAUCGUCGGGAGUCUGGACGACUCGUCAGAAUGGGACCAGAUUGAGAGUAUAAUGAACUCAUUUGGAGCGGGCUUAGUCAGAGAGUCUGUGUAUGUUAGAGAUUACCAGCACGAUUUUGAAAAGAUGUUUGACGGACCAGGAGGGCCCCAGAGUAUCGGUGCAUGGUUGGAUAGUCUCAAUCUAGGCCAGUAUGAAAACAUGCUCAUCGCUAAUGGUUUCGAUCAUCUUGACUUUAUUGGCGGUGGUAUCAUUGAAGAGCAAGACCUGAUGGACAUUGGUAUCGUGGAGGAGAUUCAUCGGAAGAUGAUCCUAGAAGCUACUAGGUGUCUACCCAUCAUGAAACCUAUAGGUCCUGGACCAGACUUCACACCCAAGCCUGCCUCUGUCUCAGACUGGUUGAGGAGUCUACUCCUCAGCGACUACAUCUCAAACUUCUUAGAGAACAACAUCACGACCAUGGCUCGAGCCCUGGAACUGUGGGAGUUUGAACUAGAGAAUGUUCUUGAGGUACCCAUGUUGGGCCACAGAAAGAGGAUCUUAGCCUCCCUCGGGGAUCGACGACGGAGUCGACACAGCAGCACCAUCGACAUCGAGAUCAGUAGGCCACACUCGUUGGACAUCGACAUCACAAGUAGCGAAGACUUGGUAAGGCCACCCAAACUCAAAACCCCUUCGUCCUGUGAAAACCUUCUGUCAUCUCAUGAUACCGCGCCCGCACUGCCACCCCGUCCAAAGAUCGGUGUAAAGCCCUCAACAGGCCGCGAUAACAUCAAGGCUAGAGCUCAAUCACUGAGAAAGGAGUUGAUGAGCCCUGCUAGCUCCAAGACAAGCCAGGGAGCUAUAGCACCGAGGCUGUCAACGGAUCGCGGUGGUAGCUCCAAGAAUAAAGAUAGAUCUGUUGUACCUAAGGCAGUGACUCCGGGACAGGAGUCACAGAUUGAAUCAUUCGUUGGACCUGAAGAGAGGGCGGAAAUCAAGAAACGUCACACCAGUCAAUCAUCGUCACUUGACAUCGACCUCUUCAAAGACUAUUCCAAGGAUGUCGCAUCCCCGACGAGAAACUCAACGUCCUCAACGAUACCAGAAGAGGGAGCCCUUCACCCCUCCGAAGAGGAGGAAUUCAGAACUCUUAUUGAGACCACGACACAAUACGCUCAGCAGAAUGGAGAUUGUGCGAGCUUUAAACGGACUCAUGAAAGAGGGAUGGUGGAAAGUAAAGUGAAAGAGGAACAGAAUGGAGAGGAAAAGGAGAAUGGAGGCGAUGGAGUCACUCCGCAGAAGAAGCAGGGUGGUGCCCCUGCCUCACAAUGGAUGCACCCACCCGAUGCAUUGAUAAAGGGCUGCUGCAAUUACACAUCAUCUUACCUAGGCUCAUCAAUAAUCAAGGAACUACACGGGACCGAAUCAACAAGAGAAGCCUGCACCAGACUCCGAAGAUCAGCCCAACACCUGCAGAAGAUGCCAGCGAUCACCCUCUCCAUCAACUACGGCGGUGUCAAGUUCAUCGACUCUAAAUCCAAGAUGGUGAUCACGGAGCACGAGAUCUGUAAUAUCUCAUGCGUGGCACAGGACUCAAAUGAUCUCAAGACCUUUGCUUACAUUACAAAGGAUAUCCAGUAUGAGAAGCUCUAUUGUCACGUCUUCACAGUCAAGACUUUGGAUUUAGCGACAGAGAUCAUCAUGACGCUAGGUCAGGCAUUUGAGAUUGCUUACAAGAUGCUCCUAAAGACCCAGCAGCAACAACAACCUCCCAGAGCCAAUCGCAUCCAGGCCAUGGCAGAUGAAGAUGAAUCGGACACGGCCAGUUACGAGGAUACAAAGUUAUAGCAGCAGCUCCCCGAGAGGGCAGCAGACUGUUUUCACUAGCAACACUUUCAAAAAGCAAAUAAGCAAAUUAGCGUAUGAAGGAAUGUAGAUCCUGAAUUCUAAGAGGAGCUGAUCUUCAUCACUAGAUGUACAGGUAUAUGUAGCACCGCCCAAAUGGAGCAGUAUUUACAGCAAUGCAGGUAUGGAGUUAGAACAGCUAACAUAGAGAGCAGCAGA